AAAAUUGACGUUUGUCGCUUAGGUUAUGUUUAUGUUAGAAAAUAGGAAAUUACGGAUUAUUUUUAUCUAAUCCCAAGUCCCAACAAACUUUCUACAGUUCUAAACUUUUUUGAUUUAAUUAUAGUGCUUUCAUACACACAGGACGUAUUCACAAUACCUAAAAGAGAAUGUCUUUGAAUUAGCUGUUUUCAUUUAUUAUGUGAUUGAAGAAAAUGGUUCAAGAAAGUAUUUAAACUACAUUCAGUUAUUGAAUUUCAGUCAUGUGUGGUAUUUUGUGUGAGAUUCGACAUUCCAGUCAUACAAUAAUCGAGGAUGAGCAGGUUAUGCAACGCAUAAAAAACAGGGGGCCUGAUUGCUUUAACUCAACCCAACUCAUGCUGAAUAAUUUAACAAGUAUAUAUUUCUGUGGUUCAGUGUUAUGGAUGCAAGGUCUUAAUCCUACGGAACAACCUGUUGAGAAUGAACAAGGAAUUUUAUUGUAUAAUGGUGAUAUUUUUGAUCAAUCUUGGGAUGCUGAAAUGAGUGAUACACAGUUUAUUAUGGAGAAAUUGAGUAAAAGUCAAUCUGCAGAACAAAUUAUAUUAGAAAUAAGGAUGUUCAAGGGUCCAUUUAGUCUAAUAUAUUAUGAUAAAAAUUCUCAUCAGUUGUUCUUCUCAAGGGAUAGAAUUGGAAGGAAUUCUUUACUUUUUCACAGUUCUAGCAAUUCCUUUGUUAUAAGUAAUGUAUUGGGCAGAAAGUAUCCCUGCAUUGAAGUCCCAGCUACACAUAUUUAUAAUAUUGAUAUAAAUACCAACAAAAUAAAUUUAUAUACAUGGGAGCAAAGUUGCACAAAGAUUUGUAGCUCAUACUGUAUAGAAGAAUGGCUGCAAAAUGUUAAAGAACAACAAAAUUUGCCUGAUGAUCAAUUUGUUAUUGAUUUUGAUACCACUCAGGAUCUGAAUGAUGAGGAUAAUAUUAUUGAAGAAAUAGAAAAUAUUUCUAGCAGCCUCAGUGAUAAACAUACAAUUUUGAAAAGAAUUUUGGAAAACACUAUCAUUCUAAAUACUGUUACAAAAAUAACAGAGUUAUUAGAGAAAAGUGUAAAGAUUCGACUGGAGACACAACCAAGCAGAUGUAAAAACUGUAUCAAAGAUGCAAACAUAAUAUGCUGUCAUUGCACUACUGGAAUACUGUUCUCUGGUGGUUUAGACUGUACAAUACUUGCAGUGCUUGCUGACAAAUUUGUGCCAAAACAUCAGCCAAUAGAUCUUAUCAAUGUUGCAUUUAAGACCAACAAUAAUUCUUCUUACCAAGUUCCAGAUAGAAUUACAGGCCGGCAAUCAUUUGAAGAGCUUAAAAAUAUAUGUGAAUCAAGGCAGUGGGUCUUCCGUGAAGUAAAUAUACCUAAAGAUAAACUAGAGUAUCAUCAGAUGUUGACUAUUGGAGACUUGGUUUACCCCAGACGUACAGUAUUGGAUGAAAGUCUUGGUUCAGCUUUAUGGUUUGCGGCGGAUGCGCGAUCUCAGGACUUGGAUGUGUCACCUUGUAGGAUUUUAUUGCUUGGUUCAGGAGCAGAUGAACUUUUUGGUGGUUACACAAGACAUAGAAAUGCUUUUAAGCGCAAGAGCUGGUUAGGUUUAUCAAAGGAACUUGUACUAGACUGGAAGCGAAUAUCAUUUAGGAAUCUUGCUAGAGAUAAUAGAGUUAUUUGUGAUCAUGGCAGGCAGCCAAGAAUGCCUUAUUUAGAUGAGGAUCUUGUUGAUUAUGUUUUAAAACUAAAGCCCUGGCUGAAAUGCUAUCCAAGUGCUAAUUUAGAAUGUGGAAUUGGAGACAAAUUGAUACUAAGACUUGUGGCUCUUUAUAUUGGACUUAAUCAGGUUGUAACCCUUCCAAAAAGGGCUCUGCAAUUUGGAUCUAGAAUUGCAAAUAAGAAACAAAAGGGCAGUGACGUGUCUAGAACGUUUAUUGAUUACAAUAUGAAAAAUAGUGACUUAAAUACUAUUUUGAAUUUUCAGUAAAAGUUGUUAUCAAAAGGUGCUUAUUUAAAUAAUUAAAUCAAUAUCACCAUUAUUUUACUAAUUUUGAGGACCAAGAGUGUGUGAGACAAAGUCAGUAACUACCUACCUAACCUAGAGUUUUA